AUGGGGAACACGGUAACGAGGGAUGACUUCGAGUGGGUAUAUACGGAGCAACCGCACUGUAGUCGGAGGAAGCAGAUAUUAGCCAAGCACCCGGAGAUCAAGUCCUUGAUGGGCCCUGACCCCCAGCUCAAGUGGGUGGUGACAGCCAUGGUCCUAACCCAGGUGCUCUGCUGCUUCCUGGUACGCGACCUCAGCUGGAAGUGGCUCAUCUUCUGGGCCUACAUGUUCGGCGGUUGCAUCAACCACUCCCUCACGCUCGCCAUCCACGACAUCUCGCACAAUGUGGCCUUUGGGAAUAAGGACGCUAUGCGCAACCGCCUUUUUGGCAUCUUCGCCAACCUACCAAUUGGCGUGCCCUACUCCAUCAGCUUCAAGAAGUACCAUGUGGACCACCACCGUUACCUGGGUGGCCACGGACUCGACGUGGACGUCCCGACCCACCUGGAGGCUCAUCUUUUCAGCUCCCCGGCCCGCAAGAUCCUGUGGCUCUUCCUGCAGCCACUAUUCUACGCGCUUCGUCCCCUGGUGGUGAACCCCAAGCCUGUAGGCAGGCUCGAGCUGUUGAAUUUAAUGGUACAGCUAGCAUUCAACGCUUUCAUAGUGUACCUCUGGGGGCUUAAGCCUCUGGUCUACCUGAUAGCAGGUUCGCUGUUGUGCAUGGGACUGCACCCGAUCUCGGGGCACUUUAUCGCCGAACACUAUAUGUACCUGAGCGGGAUCGAGACGUACUCGUACUACGGGCCGCUGAACUAUAUCACCUUUAAUGUGGGCUACCACAUGGAGCACCACGACUUUCCCAGCAUCCCCGGCAGCCGCCUCCCUCAGGUGAAACAGAUGGCUCCAGAGUUCUAUGAUGAUUUACCACAGCAUGACUCAUGGACACGGGUGCUCUGGGACUUUGUGUUUUGUGAUUCGCUUGGACCUUACUCCAGAAUUAAACGCACCUUCCCAUUGGCUAAGCAAGACUAA